GACAUCACUUUAUGUCCUGCGGUCUGAUCCUCUCAGGAAUCAUCGGGUCUGAUGGGACAUUUAAGGAUGUUUUUCCCUGAUGUCUCAUAUUCACUGCUGUUGUUGGGAAUCUCGUGUCUGACUGGCUUCACUAAGACUUCACAGGAGUUCUCAGGUUAUCUGACGCGUGUUCUGAGGAAUUACACUGAACAGGCGUGUGACGGAGAAUUCUUGACUGUUCGCUGCCCGCCCAGAACCUCCAUCACCGUCCAAUCAGCUUUCUACGGCAGAACAGACCCCGCCCACUCACCUCAGUGCCCAAACCCUUAUAGCAGUGCUGGACCACGCUCAGUGCUUGACAUCACUUCCUGUCAUGUGUCCACAUCCUUGCAGAAGAUGCUGGAUGAAUGUGAGGACAGGCGGAGAUGUCAGGUUCUUGUCAACAGUCGUUUGUUUGGGACGGACCCCUGUCCCACCGUCAGCAAAUACCUCAGUGUGCGGUACAAGUGCAGGCCGAGUGAGUAUAAGAGUAAAGUGGUGUGUGAAGGCGAGCGCUUGCGGUUGGGCUGUAAGACAGGGAUGCAAAUCGCAGUUUAUUCGGCUAUGUUUGGUCACACACAGCAGGGAACGCUGGAGUGUCCUCCACACCACCGGAGGGCACCGUCUGUCGACUGCUCGUCAGAUGUGGCUCUGCAGGUGAUGACAUCACGUUGCCAGGGGAAACGCUCCUGUGUGGUCCGCGCCUCGACACAAGAGUUCGGUGACCCCUGUUACCGCGGCACCCGCAAAUACCUUAGCAUCAUACACACCUGCGUCCCAAAGAAACUCGUGCAGGAGUCGGUUUCCAGGCAUCCAUCAUUCCCCUCUCCCCCAUCUGUGCCUCAUGACCCCAACGUGGUGGGAGACAGCGCUCCUCCUGACGGGACCCCGUCUCUGAGCUCGGACUCUGCGCCAGGGAGGUCGACGCGAGGACGGAGUUCUGCUCCGUAUUCAGAAGAGACGGAUCAGUCUGGAGAAAGCAAUCCGAACCCAACCAUCUCCACUGUAAUCAGACCAGCCAUGGCCCUCAUCAGCAGCAUGCUGGCGGCCUACACCUACAUCACAGAGCACCCGGAGCGCUGUGCGCUUUAUUUCAUGUGCGGCGUCUGUGCCGGUCUGUUCCUCACGCUCUUCACGCUGGUGGUUCAGAUUUCCUGCCGUAUGGACUGUAAACCUCGCCGCGGCGUCGCUAAGAAGCGUCCGAGACCCGCGGACUCCGACAGCGACACCAGCGACUCUGAUUCAGACUGGGACUCCAGCUCGGACCUCUCGGCCCGACGGCACCGGCGCUUCGAGCGCACGCUCAACACAGACGUCUUCACGUCGGCGGAGGAGCUGGAGCGAGCGCAGCGACUGGAGGAGAGAGAGCGCAUCAUACGUGAAAUCUGGAUGAACGGACAGCCGGACGUCCCAGGAACCCGCAGCCUGAAUCGCUACUACUAGAGCGCCGCCUCCGAUUGGACAAAUCCAGACAGGAAGCUACUAACAGGAUGCUAAAGCAGCUGGAGUCAUCACCUAGUGUGGCAUUAAAUGGCGUAUUUGCAGUGGAAAUAAGCUCUUCAUUGAGGCGCAGUUUAUCCAUGAGGUGAAAGGUCAAAUGCUGACAAGUCAGAUUGGAAUAUUCUUACCUGGUGUCUUGAAGUUGGACAUUUUCUGCAGCGUGCGGCUGAAGCUAAGGCUCAUGGGAGAUGUGGUUCAGUUGAAAGGAGUCUAUAGGCAGCUCUGAGAGGCGUGAUAAGCUCUAAGCACUGUGAUUGGUCCUUCACUCCGCCUGUCAAACAGUGAAGACCGCCUUCUGUAGGGAGAGACCUGAGCAAAUUAAGUGCCUUUGAUCUGACAAAUACACAUACAGUAUACAGUGGGACUAAAAUAUAUUUGGACACUUAUAUAUAAUAUCUGAAUGUCAUUGCAUAAGGAAACAAAUAUAACAAACCAAGCUGUGACUGCAAGAAAAUGAUGCUGGAGCUUCACUUUUCUGCAUCAGUUUUGCUUAAUGACCUAUAAUCUUAUCCACAAUGCAACACUGAAUCUUUUGGUAACACUUUACAACGAGGUACUACAUUAGUUAACAUGAACUAACAAUAAAAAAUACUUUUAAAGCAUUAGUAAAAUCAAAAGUUCUGUUUGUAUAUAAACCUGAGGUAUACAAGCCUGUUUCAG